GGGCAGCAGAAGUUAUCGUCUGUGGUAGUUUUAACGCAUCCUAGUUUUGAGUGUGGCGAAAUGGGGAGCUUAACUAAAGCAUUUUAUGUGUUGGGGGUUGUGCUGCUGAUGUGCAGCUCACUUCACGGCUACCGCUGGCGAACUCAUCACAAGGACGUUCACAUCCCGAAGCCCAGUUCUAAAGCCGGCGGGAGAUUCCGCCUCGCUGGACACCAUCACGGCCAAGCGCAAACCCGGGCUUCCCACUUCCUGCGGGGUGAGGGGAGAGCCGGCGCGGCGUCUAAGACCGUCACCGUGCAGUGCCACGAGGCCACCGUGGAUAUCACGGUCAGCGCCGACCUCUACGGCAUCGGCACGCCCGUCCGCGCCGAGGAGUUGCGGCUCGGCCCGCUCUCGGCUGGCGGCUCCUGCGGCGCGGCGGCGGCCGGGUCCGGGGGCUCGUUCCUCAUCCGCGCCAACCUGAGCGACUGCGGCACCGCGCUCUCGUUUGUGGGUGAGCUGCUGAUCUACACCAAUCAGCUCUUCUACACGCCCGCCCCCUCUCCCGGUGGAAUUAUAAGGAUGAACGGCGCAGUCAUUCCCAUCGAGUGCCGUUAUGCCAGGAGAUACAACGUGAGCAGCAAUGCUCUGAAGCCAACCUGGGUCCCCUUCACCUCCACCAAGUCUGCAGAGGAUGUCCUGGACUUCACUCUGACACUCAUGAACGAUGACUGGAGCUCCAAGAGGUCCUCCAAUGUGUUCUACCUGGGGGAUGUCCUGAACAUCGAAGCCUCCGUCACCCAGGCCAACCACCAGCCCCUUCGGCUCUUUGUGGACAGCUGCGUGGCCACCUUGGCCCCUGGCUGGACCUCCACCCCCAGCUACUUCUUCAUUGAGAACUAUGGGUGCCUGACUGAUGCCAGAGUGACCGGCUCCAACUCUCAGUUCAUGCCAAGGUCAGUGGACACCAAGCUGCAGAUGAAGCUGGAUGCCUUCAGGUUCCAUCGGGAUCCCCGGAGCUCAAUCUACAUCACCUGCCGCCUGAAAGUGGCUCCAGUCUCCCAGGUGGACAUGAAGAACAAAGCCUGCUCCUAUACUGGUGGGAGGUGGAAGUCGGUGGAUGGGAGCAAUCAGGUCUGUGGCUGCUGUGAUUCCAGCUGUGGGGAUGGCUUCAGAUCUCGGGCUUCUCUCCGCUGGAAGAGGGGGGACUCAUCUAAGAUCAGAUCAGAGUGGGAGGGUGACUCUAUGCUUGGGCCUCUGUCCAUCAUGGAUGGGAUACUAGACCUCCAUUAGACACUCCAGCUUAAGAGUACCUGGAUGUGUUUUGGCUCAACCAAGUACUUAAAUCAAUUUGCAUUGAGGUUUGCCCCUUCCCCAAUGUAUCCAAGUGGCCUUCGUUUUGGCUGAAGGAUGUCUUGCUGUGUCUUUAUGCAUAACCUUGUGUGUGUUAUGUGCUAAAUAAAAAAAAAAUCAUAAUUAAAAC